AACAAAAUAAGAUUUAUGAGUUCUGUGGAACAUUUCCCGCUCUUUCACGGGUUUUUGUUAAAGCCGUCUUUCUGUGCGAUACACUGGUACUACGAUAAAGGCGUUGUUCAUGAAUAUUAAUAUGGUCACUUUAUCUCUACUUUGAAAAUUGUAUUAAACAUACUGUCGUGUGCCUAAUUAAUAUUCAUGACCCAACCAAUGCGCGCAGGAGAAGCACAUAGUAGGUAUUUAAUAUUCAUGAGACAGUCCUUCGCCGUAGUAGGAAAGGUAAUUCUCGUGUGAGGUCCUCAGGCGGUCAGUGUGCGCCUCCCUUUGUGCCUCGCCACUCAAGAUGGCUCCCGUUUUAGAGAAGAAACUACUGGGCGCAGCCGGGACAGGCGACACUAUGGAGAACAGCACCGAGGAUGAUGAAGGACAAAACCUCUGGUCUUCAAUCCUCAGCGAAGUUUCCACACGCUCCAGCUCGAAAUUGCCUUCUGGGAAAAACAUACUGCUUUUUGGGGAGGAUGGUUCUGGAAAGACAACACUCAUGUCAAAGCUUCAAGGAGCCGAGCACAAUAAAAGAGGUCGAGGGCUGGAGUACUUGUAUCUCAAUGUCCAGGAUGAAGACAUAGAUGAUUUGACUCGCUGCAGCGUUUGGAUCCUGGAUGGAGACCUGUACCACAAAGGCUUGCUGAAGUUUGCAGUGACUGCCGAGUCGCUGAAGGACAGUCUCGUGGUGUUCGUGGUGGACAUGUCACGGCCUUGGACCAUCAUGGAGUCACUGCAGAAGUGGACGAGUGUGCUGCGUGAACACGUGGACAAACUGAAGAUCGCUCCUGAGGAAAUGAGAGAGAUGGAGCAGAGGAUGGUUAAGGCCUUUCAGGAGUAUGCAGAACCAGAGGACUCCACGCCGGCCUCCCCCCAGAGACGAGCUCCAGCAGCUGGGGGAGAAGAAGAGAGUGUGCUGCUGCCCCUGGGAGACAACGUCCUCACACACAACCUGGGCAUCCCAGUGCUCAUAGUUUGCACAAAGUGUGAUGCUGUUAGUGUUCUGGAAAAGGAGCAUGACUACAAGGAGGAGCACUUUGACUUCAUUCAGUCACACAUCCGGCGGUUCUGUUUACAGUAUGGAGCUGGUUUGAUUUACACUUCAGUCAAAGAGGAGAAGAACCUGGACCUUCUCUACAAAUACAUGGUGCACAAAAUAUAUGACUUCCAGUUUACUACGCCUGCCUUAGUAGUGGAGAAGGACGCUGUGUUCAUUCCAUCUGGAUGGGACAAUGACAAGAAAAUUGCCAUCUUGCAUGAAAACUUCACAACGGUUCGACCUGAGGAUGCCUUUGAGGACUUUAUAACGAAACCUCCCAUACGAAAGUUGGUGCAUGACAAGGAAAUCAGUGCAGAGGAUGAGCAGGUCUUCCUCAUGAAGCAGCAGUCAUUGUUAGCCAAGCAGCCGGCCACACCAACAAGAGGAACAGAGUCUCCUGCCCGGACUGCAUCUGGAUCCCCCCGGCCAACAGGCCGGACAGGGCCCACCAAUGUGGCUAGUGUCUCACCCAUGACUGCGGUGAAGAAACCAGACCCCAACAUGAAAGGAGCAGCAGCAAAUGAGGGAGUGCUGGCCAACUUCUUCAACAGUCUGCUGAGUAAAAAGACGGGUGUGCCGGGCAGUCCUGGGACACCAGGGGCGGCAACGGGAACCGGCGUACAAGGCUCUGCCAAGAAAACAGGGCAGAAGCCGGGUUUGACUGACGUCCAGGCGGAACUGGACCGAAUGACUCGUAAACCUGACUCAACGGUAACGGCCAACAACACCCCUGCGACAGAGAACGAGGCAUGAGAGCGUCAACAGCAUUGAUCACUCUGGAAAUCAGCACGUAAUGGCAUAAAGAAGAAGAAAAAAAAAGCUAUUCAUGACCAAAAUUGCCCCCACCUUGUGUGUCAAUCAGCAAACAGACCGCGGUUUACUGAAAGUGUUGGGUUCUGUCAGAUGUAUAGGCUCUGAUGUUUUGGGGGAAAGAGAGGUAGAUGUUUGAAAAGAUGCAACUGCUUUACUUUGUUUUCAUUUCCAGACCCCUUUGUAUGUUUGUUUGUUUGUUUAUUUGUGGUGAUAAAUUUUUUGGUGUGGCAUAGGGCAGGUCAGGUGAUGGGUGCUCUGUCAGACGUCUGAAGUGCGGGGCCUUGCUUGGCUUGGGGAACCUUUAACGGCACCCAUUCUCCUCCUCCUGACAAGAGCAGAAACGCACUGCUGCAUUCAACGAGCGGUCGCUCCAACUGUUGCAAUCAGCUACAACUACUGCUAAAAGCCUAAAUCUAUUCAUUGGAAACAAGAAGUACUUAGAAAAAGUAUAUAGUGUGUACAAACAGUUAGGUUUAUUCUGAUGUAUUUAUAAAAAAGAAAGCAAAUCAAGCUUUUAUGUUCUCUCUGUGUUUUAUCAGUGAGAUGUUAAGCUUCACUUAACAUGGUUAACAUCACUGAUGUCAUGACACUAAUGACAAAUACCCAUUGGCCUUCAGCAUACAAGAAUGGCAGACGCUGCCACACCGCCUCUAUCAAUUAUGUAAAUAUGCACUAAAUAUUUGCUAUACGAGCUUUGAUUUGAUUUUGUAUAAAACUGAAUUAUUUUAACAAUUUAUAAAGAGCUAUUUCAGACGAAACAAGCAUUGAUGAGUAUCAGGCUGAGCUCUUUUUCUUUUGGCGAUGGUUGUUUUUGGAGGAGAGGGGCAGGGCAGCAUCUUUCCUAGUAUAACUCCCAAGUGCCUGUGUCAUAGUGGAGGUGCUCGUCUCACUGUAGCACUGACAGUUAAUUUUUGGUCCAGGUUCAUGUAAUUUAUUUUUGUUUGUUUUAUUUUGAAAAAUGCAUGUCUGUAGUCAUAACUUUUUUGCUGCAAAUUACACAUUUUCCUCACUUCAGUGGCCUAGAUCAUCUUUUUUUUUUGUGCUGCCAUAGGGAGCUUGCCUUUCUUUUUGCGAAUGUCGGCAUCCACAUUGAACGUGUCCAGUGGGACAUUUCGUCCUACCUCACAGUUGGAAUUUGUGGCUUAAACCACUAGCGCCAUUCUCGUGUGGCCAAGUGAUAGACUGUAAGUCGUGUCUUUUGUUAGUCCUUACAAAUGAGAUCUCAGAUUUUUUAUGUUACCUGAAGACCGUAAAGUGAUUUUACGUAAAACAUUCCCGAUUUCUGUAGAUGAGCCUGUAGGCGACACAUGUUUGUUUGGUGUACCCUGCCUCAGUGCCCUCUGAAGGUGACGACUUUGCCUUCAGCGUACAUUCACUGUAGUCACUCCGUCUCUUCACUCAGGGUAGUUCUGAGUCCAUACAACAGCCUUGUUUAUCUUUAUAGUAAAUUUCUCAACAUUUUCUUCCACUGCUGAUCUUGUAUCAUACUCCUGUUUCAAGCCAAAUCAUCCACAGACAUGAUGUAAUGUUUUUAACAUUAAUGUUGUAGUGGAGAAACCGUAAAAUAGAGUGGCUUUUAAAUAAUCAUUACAUUUUCGGAUGGAAACGGAAAACGCAGUGAAUUGGAAUCAGGAGCCAAAGAUGUAGAAUCCAAAUGUUAUGUCUGUCGAGUAGCUGCCCUAAAUUCCUCCCAGGUGUCUGCUCUUGGCUGAGCCUGGAGAAGCCAUCACUCUGAAACCGAUCUUCUGCUUAUACGGUGGUGGUCUGUGUUCAAUGUCCGAUCUGUGUUUUUUAUUUUUUUAUUUUUUUUUAAAGCUCUUCAAGGGAAUAGACCACGAGUAGUCUGGAGUUUACUGUUGUUUUACAUGAACUUGUGAAAGAAAGAUCUCAUACCAAACUAGAGAUAAGGAAAUCGAAUGAAAUUUACAUUAGUGCUGCAUAAUAUUGCGUAACGGUUUCCAUUUACGAUGGGCAGGGCUAAAGCAUUUGCUGAUAUUCAAGCACAACAUUACGUCUGGACUAUUAUACCUCUUGUUUUAGUGGUUAAGGUUUUUCAUGUAUUCAAAUUGUGUAAGAACUUAUUGGGGCUGCCACUAAUGAAGCUUCUGAUCUCAUAUAACAUUCUACCUGCUUUCAGAUCCACUCGAAUAAUCUUAAAUGCACUUAAGUGUUUCAUUGCAUCCUCUGCAUUUGCUGUGUGACUGCAGUCUCACUGUAUAAAUAUCACUGACACAUUCCUGUGAACACAAUUCAUUUCCCCCCCAAAAAAAACUGAGUUCAAUAUUAUUUCACGGCAUUGUAACUUUUACUGGAAGUGAAGAACUGUUAAUUCAUCUUGGUUUAAUUAACAAAAGUAACACAUUGUUAGUUAUUUAAAAAUAAUUUUUUCCACCCUCAACUUGGUUUGACAGUUGCUCAUUUUAAUAGUAGCUUGCAAGUGUAAACAACGUAAUGGACUAAGAAACUGAAAAACUAACAAGCUGCUCCCAAGAAGCCUGAAGUACUUGAAGAAGCUUCUUAACUCAGAACCCAUCUGUUUUCCCAAAGGAAGAUACACAACGGAUAAAAGGUCUAAGGAUGUCCACCAAAAGAAACAUGCUCACUUGGCUUCAGCUUCAUUGAUUUCUCUCGCUCGGUUAGGGAUGAUUGCAAUUAUAUAAUGAAUAGCACAUUUUGUAAUACUUUUCAUUCAGACUAGGAUGAAAGUUGACCGCUUUGUUCUGUAUAAUCCUUCUAAUAUGCACUUACCCCUGUAAGAAAGAAAAUGUUGAGAAAAUGCUCUGGCUUCCAAAAUUUCUAUACAGGAAUUGAAAGACAUUUCUAUUCACACAAAGGACUGUAUUUGUGUGCUCUACGUUAAAGUGAGUCUGAUUGUAUGGCUUUAACUUGGCGCAGUAUGUGGCCAUGUGAAAACUUGCUUUUAAUGCAAACAAAGAUAAGGAAACCUUUUUUUCAGUCCUGGCUUAAAUAAAAUUCAAAUACAGACUACAA